AUGCUGAAUUACUACUCUGACUCCGACGAGGAUGCAGAGGGUGAGGCUCCAGUCUGCCGGGAACAGGAGCAAGAUGAGCAGGUCCGACCGGAUCCCGAGCCCGAGCCGGCGAAGCCUCCAGAGCUCGCUGGGCUUGCGGCAGAGAUGUCUGGAGGAGACACCCUGCCAUUGCAGGCCCGAUCGCCGCAGGGACUGCCGGCAGACUGUGCAACGCCAGGAGCAGAGCAGACUGUGAUGGAGCCCCGGGCCCUGGACGCGUCCUCCAGCUUUGGGGAGAUUAUUGAUACGUGGAUCCGGCAGUCAGCGGUGUCGGGCGACGGCCCGCCGCCGGAGUACAAGGCGGAGAUCAUGGAGGUCUACGAGAGCGCUCCGCCGGAAGGCCAGGAGCAGAUGCGCCACGACAUGCUGGAGAUGGUCCUGAAGCAAGCCGAGGAGAUGGCGGAGAAUGCGCAGACAGCGCAGCCGGCUGAUGCAGAAGUUCAAGAGCCAGAGGUAUUUCUUGAAAGCGAUGAGUUUAAGAAGGAGCUGGCCAGCCGCGACGGCAAGAGGAGUCAGGUGGAAGAGCAAGCGCAGGCGGCGGCAGAGAAGAAGGCUGCCUUAUUGGCUCGGAUGGGGGUGACGCCUGCAGAGAAAGCUGAGCCCAAGAAUGUGAGGGUUUUCUUUGAGAUCGCUGUGGAUGGUUCGUGGGAAGGCCGUAUUGAGUUUGAGCUGUUCUCUGACGUCGUUCCCAAGACAGCCGAAAACUUUCGCUGUCUUUGCACGGGUGAGAUGGGCCGCAGCCAGAGGACCAAGCAGCGACUGAGCUUGGAAGGCUCCAUGUUCCACCGCAUCAUUCCUCAGUUUAUGUGCCAGGGAGGCGACUUUACUCGGGGCGAUGGGACGGGCGGCGAAUCCAUCUAUGGUGAACAGUUUUCAGAUGAGAACUUCAAGCUGAAACACAAGAAGGGGUGUUUGUCGAUGGCGAACUCGGGUCCUCACACCAACGGCUCGCAAUUCUUCAUUUGCACAGAUGCAACGCCGCACCUGGACGGCAAGCACGUGGUCUUCGGCCAGGUGAGCAGCGGCUACGAGGUGGUGGAGAAGAUGGAGGCCUUGGGCCACCGGUCCGGACGUGUGGCGAAGAAGGUGACCAUCAUGAGCUGCGGCCAGGUGGACGCAGCAGCAGAGGAGCCGCCGGAGAAGAAGCCGCGGGUCAUCGAUGUGGCCCCGGCCCCGCGCCUGGUUGCUGAGGCACCUGCAGGCCCAGGGCUGUUGGGCCUUUUGCAGGAGGCGGACGCGGGCCGAGACGAGAGCGUUGAGGGAGCCGAGAGGGAGGCCGUGGUGAACGGCAGCUCGCCGCAAUCUGAGGAGAAUGAGGGCGAGCCACAGGAAGUGCACGUGUUGCACAUCCUUCGCAAGCAUCGGGGUUCGCGGCACCCCAAGAGGGCAGGGCAGGCGGUCACCUGCAGCCAGCAGGAGGCGGAGCAGUACUUGGAGGAGAUCGCCAACCAGUUGGUGGGCCUCUCCGGCGACAAGCUGCGCGCCAGCUUCGCGGCCCUGGCGCGCUCGGAGUCGGACUGCGGCUCGGCCAAGAAGGGGGGCGACUACGGCCGGUUCCGCCGGGGCCAGCGGGAGCUGGCCUUUGAGGACGCCUCCUUUGCACUGAAAGUGGGCGAGGUCUCGGGCGUCGUGUCCACCAUGUCGGGGGUGCAUCUUAUCCUGCGCGCGCCGUUCCUCUACGUGGCGGCCGAGCUGCAAGAGCCGCAGCCCUGGGCCACGCUGCGCAAGCACAAUAGUGUCAUUUUCGAGGACAACGACUUCGAGGUCUUUGUUGAUCCAAAUGCUACAACUCACUUCUACAAGGAGUUUGAGAUGAAUGCCUUCAACACGACCUGGGAACUGCAGUUGAACAGGCCCUAUAGCGAUGGUGGCAGCGAGAACUCGCGGAGGGUGCGGCCUGACGGCUGGACCAUGGCAGUGCGGUGCGCGACGGCUGUGGUUCCCCCGAGCGCGCUGAACCAGCCUGCAGAGGAGGGCCGGCACUGGACCGUGGAGAUCGCUCUGCCUUUGGCAAGCCUGGCGGAGAGCACAGGCGCAGCGCUGCCUGUGCCUGGCAGCUUCUGGCGGCUGGGCUUCAGUCGAGUGCAGUGGCACCUCGAGGCGAAGCCUGAGGGCUAUGAGAAGAAGCCCGCCUGCCAGUCCUGCCCUGUGCCUGGAGAAGCCAAGGAGGACAACUGGGUCUGGUCUUCACAGUAUGCCAUCAACAUGCACUUACCAGAGCGGUGGGGCAUCUUGCAGUUUGAAGACUCCGUGAAUGCGACGAAGGCUUCCUACUACCGGGAGUGGCCCAGCCGAAGUGCGGCCAUGGCGGUCUACUAUGCGCAGCAUGCCUUCGCGAAAGAGAACGGGGGACGGUUCACUGCGCAACUGGCGGAGCUCUUGCCCUACUCUGAGGAUCCAUUUCCCAUUUGUGGUGACGCAGAGACCUUCAUCACGGUCGGCGGCGGCAGCUCUCCCUUCUUCGAGGCAAGUGUCCGCUCUCCAGCGGCUCCGGAGUUCGUGGCCACAGUGAGAAACGAUCGCUAUCUGACUGUUGCGCGGUGA